AAGAAGAAGAAGAAGAAGAAGAAGAAGAAGAAGAAGCGAAUUUUAAACGGAUGCUAGCUCAAAGCCUGGGAUAAUAAAAGGUUUAUCUUAGCAGAAGUUGAGAGUAUCCGCUCUGUCCGGACUACAUCAGGAUGACUUCCUCCUCCCUCCUCUCUCCUCCCCCCUCUCCCCCACCUGCCCCCCUCCCUCUCUCCUCCUCCUAUCUGACUCGCUGUCCUGAACUCGACCUGUCGGUCACACUCAGCCCCGCCCCCAGACCCGCCCACACAAACCUGGAGCCCCGCCCACUGAAGAGCAGUCAGCAGAGUGAGCCCCGCCCCCAAGGGCAGACGGCAAGAAAGGGGAACAGGCAGAGGCUUAAAAAAAUAACAUCCCUUUUUCCUUCUCUGCUCGGUGGAGCCCCAAGACAGUGGGUGGAGCCUCCUGCUGCAGUAUCCAAUCCCGGCCCAGGAUGCCUGGAGAGGGUGGAGCUAAACACCACUCUGGCUCUGAAGGCGGAGCUUCAGUCACUUCAGGGGGCAGAGUUUAACUCCCAGAAGGCCGUUCAGGAGACGCUACGGAUAUCCGAGAGGACCAAAAACCUGAUCAACACCAGAGCUACUGAAGAAGUGAAUGUCUCUCGCUCUCAGGUUCUCUUCACCUCAUUGGUCAGUGUGGACGUGCAGGAGGAUCAGCUGAUCAGCCAGCUGCUGCAGCCUCGGCUGCCACCCCCCUCCCCCUCCUGCCAUGGCAACCAGGCAGCAAAUGGCCCCUCCCUUCUCCUCUUCAUGACCUCUGACCUCCUCAGACAGAAGUCCCUGCCACUGGAGGAGGAGCCUGUCAACUACAAGCCCCACCCCUCACCACGCCCUGCCCACUCAACCUUUGACCUCUACAAAAGAGGGAGGGGUUUAGAGACCACGCCCUGACAUACUCCCAGGAGAGUUCUCAUUUGCUGGAGGUACUGAGGCUCCUAUUGGUCCGACUGUGCGAUGUCCUUGAAUAAUAACAAUGUAUUUUAUAAAUUAUAAUGAACUGAGAUGUGUUUAUUUCCUGUAAAAAGCUACAUUUAGUUUCUUUUUCUAAUAAAGUCUAAUAAAAAUUUUCUAAUAAAA